AUGGAAUUGGAGCCAUGGGGAGCUCUUGACAUCGACGAUUCCGAUCUCUCCAACUUCCUCCGCCCUUGCAACAACCGCACUUCCCAAACCCUAACCACCGAUCCUCCUCUCAUCCCCGGUCCCGCCGGCGCAGUUCAAGCCGCCGUAAUUCAACGCAGAACCCUAGGAGCAUCCAACCCCAUUCCCACUCAAGAAUUCGUAAGGCGCGUCGUUCAAAACGGGCACAACACCGAUCGCGAUUUCACCUCCAAUCCAUGGCUUUCCGCAUUUCAAUUUCUUCAAUCUUCACAAGUGGAUGUAUCGUCGUUUACUGAUUUGAAAUCGAUCAAGAUGCAUCGUAACGAUGAAGGAAGAGUUUCUCGGGUAGUUGCUGUUAUCAAAUCAUGUAAUCCAAACGGUUUUGGAGACAUGACGGUUACUCUAAAGGAUCCUUCUGGCACUGUUGGUGCUAGUAUUCAUCGCAAAGUCUUCACUGAAGGAGAAUUUAGAAAGGAUAUAACUGUUGGUUCUGUUCUACUUCUCCAAAAUGUGGCUGUGUUUUCUCCUAAUGCUUUUACUUGUUAUCUAAAUAUAACAUUGAGCAACAUAGUCAAGGUAUUUUCCAAGGACAGUGGAUCUCCAUCAGAGCAUAUAUCCAUGAAACAAACUGCUCCCACUAGCACUGCAGAAACACGUGAAAAAUCGUGGAUGCCGUUGAGCAGCGCGUUCUCUCUGUCACAAGUAAGAACUGAUGGAAUCUUGAAUAAUAUCGGACUAGACUCAAGGUUUAGAGAAGUAGCAGAUAAUGGUAGCCAGAGGGAUGAAAUUUUGCCUUUAAGUAGCUGUCAUUUUGACAAUGAAGGUGGUAAGAGCCAAAGAACUGUUUCGAUACAGGAUGGUGCUGGACCUGUUGAAGCAACUUGCAGAGACCAGCUUGAAAGUGAGAUGGAAGAUCAAGAAAACCAUCCUACAUUAGGCAAAGGAGACAAUCUGGUGGGGAUUACUCAAGCCAAUAGUUCUUCAUCCAUCCCGACACAUAUACCAGUUGGUCAAGAAACUGAUGCGGAAAAUCACUUGGAAAGACAGGAGAUCAUGAAUCCAAAAAGCUCAAUUCCACAAUGGACAGAUGAACAACUGGAUGAGCUGUUGGCAUUUGACUGA